GGUAAGAACCUGAUACCGGCAGCCCCUGGUAACUCUCGUCUCAACUACACGGUGCUGAUCGGUGACACGCCCUGUGUCCUCACCCUGUCAGAGAGCCAGCUGCUCUGUGAGUGGCCCAACCUCACUGGAGAACACAAAGUUACCGUAAGUAGUCUACUGUAUCCUCUCUCUCUUUGACUUUGUUGGUUGGUUAAUGUUGGGUUGGGUAAUGUUGGGUUGGGUAAUGUUGGGCUUGGUAAUGUUGGGUGGGGUUGGGUAAUGUUGGGUUUGGUAAUGUCAGGUUGGGUAAUGUUGGGUUGGAUAAUGUUUAGUUGGGUAAUGUUGAGUUGUGAUUGGUUUGGGUUGAGUUGGGUAAUGUUGGGUUGGGUAUUGUUGGGUUGGGUAAUGUUGGGUUGAGUUGGGUAAUGUUGUGUUGGGUAAUGUUGGGUUGGAUAAUGUUGGGUAGGAUUGGGUAAUGUUGGGCAGGGUUUGGUAAUGUUGGGCAAUGUUGGGCAAUGUUGGGCUGGGUAAUGUUGGGCUGGAUAAUGUUGGGCUUGGUAAUGUUGAUUUGGGUUGGGUAAUGUUGAGUUGGGUUGGGUAAUGUUGAGUUGGGUUGGGAAAUGUGGAGUUGGGUAAUGUUGGGUUGGGUAAUGUUGGGUUGGGUAAUGUUGGGUUGGGUAAUGUUGGGUUGGAUAAUGUUGGGUUGGGUAAUGUUGGGUUGGGCAAUGUUGGGUUGGGUUGGGCAAUGUUGACUUGGGUUGGGUAAUGUUGAGUUGUGUAAUGUUGGGUUGGUUAAUGUUGGGUUGCUGUCUUAUGUGGCAUUGUAUCACACCGUAUUGUAUCAUAUUCUUUUCACAUUUAGCAUUUCAUCUCACUACAUCUCUCAUUGUCUAACCUCUAGUUUUUGCUCAUCUUGCAUUCUCUCUCUCUAACUCCUCCCUCUUCUAUACUUUUUCAAUUUAACAUGACAGUUUCCUGUCUCCUCUUUUCUCAUAUCAUAUACCCCUCUUUAUGUUGUCUAUUCUUUCCUCUUUUUCUCUUGCCACUUCUUGUCUAUCCUCUUCUAUUCAUCCCUUUAAUACUAGAACCGCUGGGCCUCGAGGAAGCCCCCAGCAAGCUAAUGAGCAGUCUAACAGUGUAAUUAAUACAUUUCAUAUAUGCUAUCGCAAAAAUAAUAAUUUGGUUGUGUUUAUGAAGGUCUUAGAUAACAUUGGAAUCCUUUUUUUUCCUUUCUAAAAUGCUUUUACACAAUAGCAUUUUAAUUUGUUUACGUUACUGUAGGCUAAAUGUAAAUACAAAAAUUCAAGUGUUCAAUCAAUUAUAUUUGUGGAGUGCCUUUGUUACAGCUAUGAAACAGAUGGCAUACGUGUUGAAACACGUUAACAGCUUAUUUUUAUAACGUCACCAUAAAAAAAAAUACCCGAACCACCAAGAUGCACGGUCUGCAAGUCGCGCAUGAAAUGAUGAAAACAUCAGUAGCCUAAACAUCAUUAUGAGUGCCAAAAUGGGAAUUGAUUGGAUAAAUAGUGAAAAUCAGCAUCCUGUGACAUGAUCUCUCGGAAGCCAUCCUGUGACAUGAUCUCUCGGAAGCCAUCCUGUGACAUGAUCUCUCGGAAGCCAUCCUGUGACAUGAUCUCUCAGAAGCCAUCCUGUGACAUGGUUUCUCUGAAGGAAGGUAUCCCAUUCAUGACCAGAAGCUCUCCAUAUAAACGCUCUUUCCACCGAAUGCUCCACGGACAUAAAGGAUUGAAAUGAACGCUUCCAUCUCAUCAACAAACAGAUCCCAGGCAGUGUCUCCUUGCUCCCUGUGUGCCACAGUACAGUCCCUUAUGCUGUAGCAUGUCCAUAUCACAUAAAAAACCAAAGCUGGUGAGUGCAUUGCUGAUGUUGUUUUUUGCUUGAGAUGUAGGGCCUGCUCUCUCAGUGAUGAAAUUUUUGUGCUGAUAAUCAGCCCAUAGCAUUGUCACCGGCUUGUUCUAUCCAAACGGUGCUGUCCCUUCCUCUAUCCUGUCUCACCGUUUCAUUUGGUGGUGGCGCGGGCACCUGCUCAGUGCGCAACGUUGUGGCUUUUUUGCGCUUAGGCCUUAGAGGUGUAGGUUCAGGCUGAGGCUCAGAAUCAGAAGAAUAAUCAUCAGAGAUGUCAUGAUUCAUUUCUUCCCCACCAUCUGAGUCGUUUUCAUUCAGAUCUUGUAGCAGCGCAAACACAGCAUGUGCCUUCAUUCUUCUUGGUCUUCUUGCCAUUGUAAAUUACUCACGCUCUCACCGUGUACUCCAAGUAGGCCAGAGUAGACUGAUAAGACUGCUUGGAUUUGGUGCACUGAUACAUACCAUUUUGAGAUAAAAAUUAGAAUAGAUCAACACAAUAGAAUGGCCAACGUGCCAUUGGAACACAGGACUGAUGGUUGCUGAUAAUGGGCCUCUGUACGCCUAUGUAGAUAUUCCAUAAAAAAUCAGCCAUUUCCAGCUACAAUAGCCAUUUACAACAUUAGCAAUGUCUACACUGUAUUUCUGAUCAAUUUGAUGUUAAUUUAAUGGACAAAAAAAUGGCUUUUCUUUCGAAAACAAGGAAGUUUCUCAGUGACCCCAAACAUUUUGAGCGGUAGUGUAUAUAACCCUGUUUUUACUUUGUCAUUAUGGGGUAUUGUGUGUAGAUUGAUAAGGGGAAAAUUUUAAUUUAAUCAAUUUUAGAAUAAGGCUGUAACGUAACAAAAUGUGGAAAAAGUCAAGGGGUCUGAAUACUUUCCGAAUGCACUUAUUUAGUAAAUUUAGAAAAAGUCAAGGACGGAUUUAGGAAAAGUCAAACCCAACCCAACUAAUGUGGAUCAUAAUUAAUAGACAUUUUUGUAGGGGUUAAUAUAUUAUUCGUAAGGGAAAAUCAAGUCAGAAAUGUAAUUGUGGAAAUUACAAACUUCGGAAGCAUUUUUAAACCUUGAAUACACUACAAGUUUUACAUUUCAUGCUUUGCAGGAAAGUAAUCCUGCAACAGGGUGAUCAAAUUAAGAUCCUACAUCUGUAUACAAAUCCACAUACACACAUUGAGGCUUCUGCUACCAGAGUCUCAUCUGUGUUUGUAUCCUAGACAACCUAUCAAAUUAAAUUCUUAACUUGGCUUCAAUUCUGCAGGGAUUUGCAUAGAUAUUGAUAUUCAAUGCAGCCGAGAAAUGGCUUAUGAAAAAAAGGGGUCCAUAUCUAUAUUUUACACUCCCUCGGUUACAUGUUGUCUUUGAUAUAGACAGGGUUACUAAGGGUGCAGCUCAAUAGUCUAAUGUGGCUUCCUCUCCUCAUCUCCUUCCCUUCAUCUGCACUGAUCACUACAGUGUUGUCUCAAGGAAAGGAAUUGGGGCUGCAUCUCAAUAGUCUAGUUUUUUUAUGCAAUGUUAAGUAUAGAGUUGAAGCUAGGGCUAGGGAAAGCAAUAUGGCAUGAAUGUAAGAAUAUAAGUUCUAGUCUGGGUGUUGUGACAAGGAAAGGAAACUAAAACCAGGUUUGACAUACGUUCACGUACACACAUGCACAUAGACACACACAAGUAUGCGCACACUCUCACACACACACACACACACACACAUACACACACACAGGGACACAUACACAUUUGUGUGUUAGCUGUGAUUUAAUUCUGUGUGUGUCAAUUAUUUCUAAUGCACUGUUAUCACUAUCUGUUUUUGGGUGAACUGGUCACUCCUGUCUAUUGCCCACCUGUCUUUUGUCCACCCAAACCAACAAUCCAAACAUGUGUUGUUCCAUAAUAUUCAUUGUCCCACAAAGAAUCUAAACGAGUGUGUGUGUCUCCCUCUCAGGUACGUGUGGGGGGCUUUGAGUACUCCCCCGGUACCCUCCAGAUCUACUCUGACAGCCUGCUCACCCUGCCCGCCAUCAUCGGCAUCGGAGGGGGCGGCGGCCUGCUCCUAUUGGUCAUCAUCGUCGUGCUCAUCGCUUACAAGAGGAAGUCGCGGGAUGCCGACCGCACGCUGAAACGCCUGCAGCUGCAGAUGGACAACCUGGAGUCCCGAGUGGCACUGGAGUGCAAGGAGGGUAAGCCAAAGCAUCUGUCAAUCAAUUUCAUUCAAUACAAUUAUAUUGAUCUGCACAGGACAAGGAGGCUCCAUGCACACACGCACGCACACACACAAAAUGGCCCUCCCGCUGGGUUCAGCUUGCUCUUGGUACCCAUCCAGAGGACACUUUGAUCGGGGCUCCGCUGCCCACCACCAGAUGUUGAGAGGUCUGCUUGGUUGGCUUUUCUGUUUCAGACAGAGGGAGAGAUGGUGGGAGGGAGGAGAGAAGGGAGGUAGGGAGAGACUGCGAGAGAAAGGGGAAUGAUGGAGAGAGGGAGGAAAAUGGAGAGAGGGAGAGGUAGCGGUGUCUGCAUGCUCUCACAUUAACAUUUGUUCAUUUGGCAGAUACUUUUGAUCCGGUUGGAGGCCAGUGAUACUGUCAGUGUGUUUCUCUGUUUGGAGAAGGAGUAGAUAGAGAGUAGAUCGUAGAUGCAGAGAGAAAGAGAGUAGAGAGAGAGUAGAUUGAUUUCAUGGUUCCAUAAGGUUAGAUAAAGAGAAAGGCAGUGCCGGAGUAGAGAGUGAGGGUAGAGAUGUUUGAGGGUUCCGUAAGAACAGUAAAAGAGAAAGCGAUGGGAAAGACUGAGAGAAUGAGAGGGAGUGUACAGUACAUUUGAGGGAUCCAUAAGGGGAGUUAUACUGCCCCAUCUGUCCUGCAUUUCGAUGAACCUAGAGAUCCUGGUUCGAAUCCAGGCUCUGUCGCAGCCGGCCGCGACCGGGAGACUCAUGGGCGGCGCACAAUUGGCCCAGCGUCGUCCAGGGUAGGGGAGGGAAUGGCCGGCAGGGAUGUAGCUCAGUUGAUAGAGCAUGGCGUUUGCAACGCCAGGGUUGUGGGUUUGAUUCCCACGGGGGGCCAGUAUAAAAAAAUAUAUAUAUAUAUAUAUUCACUAACUGUAAGUCGCUCUGGAUAAGAGCGUCUGCUAAAUGACUAAAAUGUAAAUGUAAAUGUAAAUGUAAAUGUAAUGUAAAUGUAAAUGUAAUGUUACCCAUGCUAUCCGUAGAUAUUUUCACAAGAUGCCAAGACUGAAGGCUGGGUACCAGUCUCUUUAGCUAACAUUCCACUCAUUGUUCUUCGUGUCAUUGCCAAACAAUGAUACAGAGUACAAGGAGUGGAAUGUUAGCUAAACAGACUGGUACCCAGGAUAACAAGACUGGUUUGAUAUGAAGCACUCAUACUAUCAAUGCAUUGUACAGAUAAUGCAGGAAUCCAGGCUGUGGUCUCUGUUAUCACAGUGUCCGUCUAUGUCCAGCACCACAUGGCAACAGACACCAUUUGACAGUCCAUCCAGGGGUCACCACCCUGUCUGUCCCCCACAGUCACCACAGGUAGAUAGAGGGACUGAGGGAGAGAGAAAGAGAGGGAAAGAGAGAAAGUGGCAUAGGGAGAGAUGGAUAGAGCCACAGAGAUGGAGAGAUGGAUAGAGCCACAUAGAUGGAGAGAUCCACAGAGAUGGAGAGAUGGAUAGAGCCACAGAGAUGGAGAGAUGGAUAGAGCCACAGAGAUGGCGAGAUGGAUAGAGCCACAGAGAUGGCGAGAUGGAUAGAGCCACAGAGAUGGAGAGAUGGAUAGAGCCACAGAGAUGGAGAGAUGGAUAGAGCCACAAAGAUGUAGAGAUGGAUAGAGCCACAAAGAUGGAGAGAUGGAUAGAGCCACAAAGAUGUAGAGAUGGAUAGAGCCACAAAGAUGGAGAGAUGGAUAGAGCCACAAAGAUGGAGAGAUGGAUAGAGCCACAAAGAUGGAGAGAUGGAUAGAGCCACAUAGAUGGAGAGAUGGAUAGAGCCGGAGAGAUGGAUAGAGCCGGAGAGAUGGAGAGAUGGAUAGAGCCACAAAGAUGGAGAGAUGGAUUUGAUACACUGCCGAUUUUGCAGGUUUUCCUACUUACAAAGCAUGUAGAGGUCUGUAAUUUUUAUCAUAGGUACACUUCAACUGUGAGAGACGGAAUCUAAAACAAAAAUCCAGAAAAUCACAUUGUAUGAUUUUUAAUUAAUGAAUUUGCAUUUUAUUGCAUGACAUAAGUAUUUGAUACAUCAGAAAAGCAGAACUUAAUAUUUGGAACAGAAACCUUUGUUUGCAAUUACAGAGAUCAUACGUUUCCUGUAGGUCUUGACCAGGUUUGCACACACUGCAGCAGGGAUUUUGGCCCACCCCUCCAUACAGACCUUCAGGUUUCAGGGCUGUCGCUGGGCAAUAUGGACUUUCAGCUCCCUCCAAAGAUUUUCUAUUGGGUUCAGGUCUGGAGACUGGCUAGGCCACUCCAGGAGCUUGAGAUGCUUCUUACGAAGCCACUCCUUAGUUGCCCUGGCUGGGUGUUUCGGGUCGUGGUCAUGCUGGAAGACCCAGCCACGACCCAUCUUCAAUGCUCUUACUGAGGGAAGGAGGGUUGUUGGCCAAGAUCUCGCGAUACAUGGCCCCAUCCAUCCUCCCCUCAAUAUGGUGCAGUCGUCCUGUCCCCUUUGCAGAAAAGCAUCCCCAAAGAAUGAUGUUUCCACCUCCAUGCUUCACGGUUGGGAUGGUGUUCUUGGGGUUGUACUCAUCCUUCUUCCUCCUCCAAACAAACUGGCUUGAGCAGGGGGACCUUGCGUGCGCUGCAGGAUUUUAAUCCAUGACGGCGUAGUGUGUUACUAAUGGUUUUCUUUGAGACUCUGGUCCCAGCUCUCUUCAGGUCAUUGACCAGGUCCUGCCGUGUAGUUCUGGGCUGAUCUCUCACCUUCCUCAUGAUCAUUGAUGCCCCACGAGGUGAGAUCUUGCAUGGAGCCCCAGAUUGAGGGUGAUUGACCGUCAUCUUGAACUUCUUCCAUUUUCUAAUAAUUGCGCCAACAGUUGUUGCCUUCUCACCAAGCUGCUUGCCUAUUGUCCUGUAGCCCAUCCCAGCCUUGUGCAGGUCUACAAUUUUAUCCCUGAUGUCCUUACACAGCUCUCUGGUCUUGGCCAUUGUGGAGAGGUUGGAGUCUGAUUGAGUGUGUGGACAGGUGUCUUUUAUACAGGUAACGAGUUCAAACAGGUGCAGUUAAUACAGAUAAUGAGUGGAGAACAGGAGGGCUUCUUAAAGAAAAACUAACAGGUCUGUGAGAGCCGGAAUUCUUACUGGUUGGUAGGUGAUCAAAUACUUAUGUCAUGCAAUAAAAUGCCAAUUAAUUACUUAAAAAUCAUACAAUGUGAUUUUCUGGAUUUUUGUUUUAGAUUCCGUCUUUCACAGUUGAAGUGUACAUAUGAUAAAAAUUACAGACCUCUACAUGCUUUGUAAGUAGGAAAACCUGCAAAAUUGGCAGUGUAUCAAAUACUUGUUCUCCCCACUGUAGAUGGAGAGAUGGAUAGAGCCACAUAGAUGGAGAGAUGGAUAGAGCCACAUAGAUGGAGAGAUGGAUAGAGCCACAUAGAUGGAGAGAUGGAUAGAGCCAGAGAGAAGGAGAGAUGGCUAGUGAGACAGAGGGUAGGUGAGAGGGAGACACAGGUAUAGAGGGGAGAGAUGGAUAGAGAGAGGGAGCAAGGGGGAGAUGGCUAGAGGGCGAGAGGGAUGUCACAGAGAGCCGGAUAGAUUGAGAAGGGGUCACAGAUGGAUAGAGUGUGACCUCUGAGACUGUUCUUUGUGUAGAGAGAGAAAGAGAGAGAGAGAGAGGGAUGAAGGUGCCAUCUGUUAGGCAAGGUGUUUAUUUCAUUAUUUGUUUGUGGGGUUUCAUUAGUCAAGAUUAGGCCACAAGAUACAUAGCAGCUUAAUACAGAAAGAUUCCUCUCACUCCUUUAGAUGCCACUGAAAGGAAUGGAUGGGACAUAGAAAGGGUCACAGGACACAGGCAUGUGGAGAGUGGAACAUGUGUAUGAACACAGUGGGACACUGAUAUAUCAUGUGGGUACUGUGCUGUGUGGAGAGCUCCUGGAUAGUGUGAGUGUGGCUGCAAUCACAUCUGUUUGUGUGUAUAUGCUUUGGUUAUGUAUAAGUUCAUUUUCAUUCAGUUAUUGAAUGUAUGUGGGGGUUUGAUUUAUAUAGCACAGUUGUAAUAGUUACACAUUUCUACACUUUUUGGGGGAUGUUUAGUUUGAUUGGUAACACCAUUUGGCAUCACUUUGAGUUGUGUCCAGCCCUCUUUGGACAACUAGAUAAUCAUUAUUUACAUAACAAUAUAUCAAUUUUCUCUCCCCUCCCUCCCCCCAGCCUUUGCAGAGCUUCAGACAGAUAUCCAUGAGCUGACCCAGGAGCUGGACGGAACGGGCAUCCCCUUCCUGGACUACAGAACCUACGCCAUGAGGGUCCUCUUCCCCGGCAUCGAGGACCACCCCGUGCUCAAAGAGAUGGAGGUACGGGUCAGUAACUGUAUAGUGAUAAAUAGAGGGAGAGAGGGAUAGAGCGAUAGAGAGGGAGGUCCACCCCGUGCUCAAGGAGAUGGAGGUACUAGUUAGUAACUGUAUAGUGAUAAAUAGAGGGAGAGAGGGAGGUCCACCCCGUACUCAAGGAGAUCGGAGGUAUUGGUCAGUAACUGUAUAGUGAUAAAUAGAGGGAGAGAGGGAUAGAGCGAUGGAGAGAGGGAGGUCCACCCCGUGCUCAAAGAGAAAUGGUUUGUCUAGAUCGGUGUGGAAAAACUUGACAGGCCUGCACAGAGCCCUGAUCUCAACCUUAUCAAACACCUUUGGGAUGAAUUGGGACGCCGACCGCCCAACAUCAGUACCCGACCUCACUAAUGCUCUUGUGGCUGAAUGGAAGCAAGUCCCCGCAGCAAUGUUCCAUCAUCUAGUGGAAAGCCUUCCCAGAAGAGUGGAGGCUGUUAUAGCAGCAAAGGGGGGGAACUACUCCAUAUUAAUGCCCAUGAUUUUGGAAUGAGAUGUUUGACGAGCAGGUGUCCACAUACUUUUGGUCAUGUAGUGUAUUUGUAAGUUAGGACCUAAAAAGUAUAUAAAAGUGCUCUGUCCAUCAACACUCUCUCCCUCUCUCCUCCACCCCUCUUCCUCCAUCGGUCCCUCUCUCCUACUAUAGGUCCAGGCCAAUGUGGAGAAGGGUCUCACCCUGUUCGGCCAGCUGCUCACCAAGAAGCACUUCCUGUUGACCUUUAUCCGCACGCUGGAGGCCCAACGCUCCUUCUCCAUGCGUGACCGCGGCAAUGUGGCAUCGCUGGUCAUGACGGCGCUCCAGGGAGAGAUGGAAUACGCCACGGGGGUGUUGAAACAGCUGCUGUCCGACCUCAUCGACAAGAACCUGGAGAGCAAGAACCACCCCAAGCUACUGUUGAGAAGGUACGUCCUACCUGUGUUAAGGUAUGAAUAAAGGUGGGUUGGGUUGGGCUAGGCUAUUUGCGUAUUCCAGCAUUUCCCAAACUCGGUCCUGGGGACCCCAAGGGGUGCACGUUUUGGUUUUUGCCCUAGCACUACACAGCUGAUUCAAAUAAUCAAAGCUUGAUCAUGAGUUGAAACGCUGGUGUAGCCUAUAGGGGGUAGAAUUGAGCCUGGUAGACAGGAACGAGACAGGAUUGAUCAGUAGACAGAAGCGAGCCAGGUUGAUCAGCCAUAGCCUGGUAGUCUCGUAGACAGGAAUGAGACAGCAUUGAUCAGCCAUAGCCUGGUAGACAGGAACGACAGGAUUGAUCUGCCAUAGCGUAGGUGUGAACCGCGUCCACAGAGAUUAGGAGUGAACAAGUUAGCCGUUUUAGUUAGCAGUUAGCCAUUGUAAUGUGUGCUGAGACUAUAGAGGGUCACUGUAGACGGCCAGUAACUGUAGCCCACCUUUUAGUAUUUUAGGUCCGCCUGAGGUGAAUGCAGUACCUCUCCCCCACUCCUCUCCACCUCAGCCCUGUCUCUGUCAGGAAGGAUUACACCCCUGAACACACAGUCUCCCUGAGGGGGCCCAGACACACAGACAGCCAGCCACACAGGGCAGAAAGAACUACUAAGCCAAACAGAUGGAGGGAGGGAGGGAGGAGAAAGCCUGAAAGGAGGUGUGGGUGUGGAGUGCCGAAAGUGAGGGAAAGACUGACACUGGUGGAGAGAGGGAGGAGAGAGAGAGGGAGGAAGAAACAGAGCACUUGGACAAAUUACGAAGGACAGAUUACAGACGGAGAAAGAUGGAGGUAGAGUGAGGUCAAGCAAGAAAGAGAGAUAGAAAGAGAGAAAUGAGGAGAGGGAGAGAGAAUGGAAUGUUAAGGCAGAAAAGGGGAGAGACUGAGAGAGACGUGAAGAAUAAAUUAUGGAGACACAUAAAGAGAGAGAAAUGAACCAGCUCCACAUAAAUGGGAAUUAAACAUGAAAUGAUAAAAACUGGAUGUUUUCCCGUCUCCACUGAGAGAUAUGUAAUUAAAAUCUAAUCAAAUAAACGAUGUUGAGCCAGUCUGCUGCCGCGGUGAAAUUGGCAUGAUGUCACUAAAAGGUCCUCUGGAGAGAUGUGGCAAUACGCUGUCAUGGUUACUCUGUCCCCAGUAAUAUGAAGAUGACACACAGGCGAGCGCUCGCACACACACACUUAGCCUGAUUAUUAAGGAGUUGUUGUCCACUAGUAUCAGGUCAGGUAGUGGCCAAAAGCAUGUUCUGUCCUGGUCCACUCUACUUUUUACCUGUCUCUCUCCUCUCUCUCUUCUCCCUCUCCUCUGCUCUGCUCUCCUCUCUUCUCCCUCUCUCUUCUACCUCUCCUCUACUCUCUUCACCCUCUCCUCUGCUCUCCUCUCUUCUCCCUCUCCUCUCUUCUCCCUCUCCUCUCUUCUCCCUCUCCUCUCUUCUCCUCUCUCUCUUCUACCUCUCCUCUUCUCCCUCUCCUCUCUUCUCCCUCUCCUCUCUUCUCCCUCUCCUCUCUUCUCCUCUCUCUCUUCUAUUCUAACCUCUCUCUUCUCCUCUACCCCUCUCUUCUCCCUCUCCUCUGCUCUGCUCUCCUCUCUUCUCCCUCUCUCUUCUACCUCUCUCCUCCCUCUCCUCUCUUCUCCCUCUCUCUUCUACCUCUCUUCUCCCUCUCCUCUCUUCUCCCUCUCCUCCCUCUCUUCUCCCUCUCCUCCCUCUCUUCUCCCUCGCCUCCUCUCCUCUCUUCUCCCUCUCUUCUGCUCUCCUCUCCCUCUCCUCUCCUCUCCCUCUCCUCUGCUCUCCUCUCUUCUCCCUCUCCUCCCUCUCUCCUCUCUCUUUUCUACCUCUCCUCUACUGUUUGGAAAGGAAGGAAGGAAGGAAGGAAGGAAGGAAGGAAGGAAGGAAGGAAGGAAGGAAGGAAGGAAGGAAGGAAGGAAUAAAAACACAUCAAACAGAUCUCAACAGUCAGCAGUCAUUUCUAGGAAAUGGAUUUAAUAACUUUUCUUCCUACAAUUUCUGCUCCCAGUCUCAACCCUGGAUAACCCGCUAGCUGGCAUCUGACCACACACACACACACACACACACACACACACACACACACAGCCCUUGAUUCAUCAUUUUCUGAGUAAUCAUAGCCAUAGGGAAUGUAUUAUUCAAGAGAUAUAGUGGUUAUAAUGCGAUGGAGAGAGAGAGAGGUAGAGGACACACACUUCCCUCGUCUCUGUUCCUUUGUAUUAGACGUAGUAAGUCACAUUAAUUACCAUGCCUUUUAUUACUUGUGUGCUUUUAACUUUCUUUCUGGAGGCCCCUCAUUACUCUCCAGGUUGGUGAUUAGCGAGAGAAGUUAACAAAUUAGACUAAUUGCUUUGUUUUUAAUGAAGAUUGGUGGGUUUGCUUUAGUGAAAAAAUGCAAAGAACUGUGGUUUUUGUUAUUCGAGUUAAUAUGUUUGUGUGUGGAGAGAAGGGGGUUGGGUGUAAUUGAAGGAUAUAACCUAACCGCUUUAAGUGGAAUAAUUUCAUGUAAGUGAUCGUCCGUGUUAAAUACCUUUUCCCGGGAUAGUGGUUUCUAUUCGCUUUCAGGUACUAGCAACAAAACACUAAGGUUGUUGGGUCGCUUGUUACUAGGAGGAAAAUCUCAAACCCUUGUACAGUCAGUUGCCUUGUACAGUCGUUCCUCUAUCAGUCCUGUGUUAUGGACGUUUAACUCUUUGCCAUGCCAGAACAUGACAUUUGACUAAAUUUCUCCUUCUCUCUCUCCCUUUCUCUCUACUCCGCUCUCCUAUAGGACGGAGUCGGUGGCUGAGAAGAUGCUCACCAACUGGUUCACGUUCCUUCUCUACAAGUUCCUCAAGGUAAGUCUGUCAAUGAUGCACUCGGGUUGUGUUCAUUAGGCAGCAACCGAGGAAAAUUGACUGAAACAGAGAGGGACAACCUGGAAUCAUCCAAUAAGAUAUGCUUAUUUUCACUUUACGUAUUGAAACGUUUUGAAACGUUUUUCAUUGCAUGCCUUAAUGAACAUGCACCUGCAGCCGUGCCAAACAGGCUUUUUAAGCGUGCUACGCUUAUGUUAUUCGCUAAUGCUGGUUGUGCUGAUGGAGAAUGAAAGAGCGCUAGGGAAGUUAGCGAACCGGUUAAACGUCAGUGUCUCCCAGUUGCAGGAGCAGAUAAGGCACGGGGAGAAGGUUCCUAUCCUUUACAUCUCUCUACCUUUCAUGUUCCAACUUCUCUCUACUCAGUCGUAAAAAACAAGGUGUGACUGUUUGUUCGUGUGCAUGUGUUUUCGUCGUCUGCGUAUCCUGACAUGCAAACGCCUCUUUCUUCAUAACCCCUUUCAGGGUUUUCUAGAGAGCCACAGAGAGAAAGUGAGUGUGUACGCGUGCGCGUUCUUCAGAUUUGAGGCUUAUUGGAAUGGAGAGAGUGCAUCAGACAGCCAUGCAUCUGUGUGGCACGAGUGAUCGUAACUCUUUCUUUCAAUUAGUUGUUGUUUUUCAUUUCCGUUCAGACUGGUGUUUGUAAAAACUGGCAUCCUACUGGACAGCUUCUUCAACACCUCUAGGGGUCAUGCCAAGCGUGUGGUCCACAUUUUUGGCUAGGUCCAUCAAAAGCAACCCAUAAUAGCUGGUUUCCAAGCUACUAGAGGGUGUGUGUACGUCUCGUUAACAGCUGUCUGUUUAAUUAGUGCAGACGAUAACGAGGUGGGAGCAGCAGGAAGGAGGAAGAGUGUAGAACGCCACAAAGAUUACUAGGGGAAGCUCUAUACACGUUGGGUUGUUCACCGGCACUUUCAAACUAUUUUUUGCUCUGAAUUGAUACAUAUUAAAUCUCAAGGAAAGGAGAAGAAAAACAGAAAGUAAAGAAACAGUUGUAGUUGGAGGUGAGAGUCACUGUGCUAAGUGGUAGUCGGACCGAUAGAGGGAAAAGAGGAGGAAAGCAAGCGGGAGGGUGAGAGGCCCUCCAGCCCGACCGCCUUGCAUUGCCUCGUUGACACAUUUCAAGCAGCAGAGUGCUUCUCCAGCACUUUUCACUCAGGACUCGUUAACCUUCCAUUAACUCCUCUAUCAACUGCCACUAGCGUUCUCCCAACGUUUUCCCCAAGCUGAGUGUACAUUUUAAAACGUUCUACCUUGUUAUAAGGCUGUACGUUUUCCCCAAGCUGAGUGUGCAUUUUAAAACGUUCUACCUUGUUAUAAGGCUGAACGUUUUCCGCAAGCUGAGUGUACAUUUUAAAACGUUCUACCUUGUUAUAAGGCUGUACGUUUUCCCCAAGCUGAGUGUACAUUUUAAAACGUUCUACCUUGUUAUAAGGCUGUUCGUUUUCUCCAAGCUGAGUGUACAUUUUAAAACGUUCUACCUUGUUAAAGACAGUUUUUCCCCGGGUUAAAAUGCACAAGGGAGAAAAUACUACUCUGGAGUGGGUCACUUGUCACUGCACCAAUAGCUGUUGAAUGGGUAAGCGAGGGGCUAGGCCCUAUGGUUUAGCUGUGUGGCACUGUGUAGCCAACAGCAGAUUGGAAUGCACUUGAGUGCAGUUUUUUCUCAAAUAAGGAAGCAUACUCAUUGUCUUGAAUGUCGUCAUUCAAGUCUACAGUAUUUCCUAUUGGUUUUGAGAUGCUGAAAUGACAGACAGAUGGGAUACUGGCCCCUGUCAGCUUAUGAUAUACUAUGCUUAUUGUGUGUGUGUGUGUGUGUGUGUGUGUGUGUGCGCGCGCACUGUUGAUGUUAUACUGUGUACCCUGUGUGUAGGAGUGUGCUGGAGAACCCCUGUUCAUGCUGUACUGUGCGAUCAAGCAGCAGAUGGAGAAGGGGCCUAUAGACUCAAUUACAGGAGAGGCUCGCUACUCCCUCAGUGAGGACAAGCUCAUCAGACAGCAGAUCGACUACAAGACCCUGGUCAGUACCACAACACAGCUUGAAUCACAGAAAUAAACGAGACACUUUUACAUUAUCUCUCUGACUGAGUACAUGCAUUGCUCUUAGAACCAUUCGUCUGGCUAGCUAGGUAAUACAGUAGGUAGCUACCUACAAGAGCACACGUGUCAAUGAAGCGACUACAGAUGUUAUUUCAGCUGAAGUAGCUGAACUUUCGUGUUUCACACAGUGUAUGCGGUUCACCUCACGUCUUCCACACUAAUCACUCUGCUUCAAGCCUCUAGUCCUGUGAGUCUUCCCCAUCCCCAAUCUGACCUUUGAUCUCCCCCCCCAAGACUUUGCACUGUGUGAACCCGGAGAACGAGAAUGCCCCGGAGGUGACAGUGAAGGGGCUGAACUGUGACACGGUGACCCAGGUGAAGGAGAAGCUGCUAGAUGCUGUGUUCAAGGGCAGCCCUUACUCCCAGAGACCCAAGGCUGGAGAUAUGGACCUGGGUAAGGGACACAAAUGAACGUACGCACAUACACACACAACCCAAGCCAACAUGCCAUAAUACACUUAACAUACUCCCCAACAAAUCUGGAGUCACUCAACAGACACUAACACACCCUCUCUCUCUGUUCGGUGUGUGUUCAGAGUGGCGUCAGGGCAGGAUGGCCAGGAUCAUUCUCCAGGAUGAGGACGUCACCACCAAGAUAGACAAUGACUGGAAGAGACUCAACACACUGGCCCACUACCAGGCAAGUCUCAUGGUUUUGGUCUCAAAGUUGAUAAAAUAAUGUGUUUUUAAUCAAUCAAUCACAUUUUAUUUUUAUGUAUACAAAUAUUACAAAUCAACAUAGGGGAUCACUCAAACAUCCCUUGGCGUCUGUAGCCCGAAAUUCAUGGGUGUCAUAUAAUCAAUUUCCCCUCAGGGAUGAAUAAAGAGUCUCUUAUCUUAACUGUAAUGAAUAAUACAUUGAAUAAUUGUGUGUAUGAGGGAAAACAAGGAAAUAAAUACUGAAUAAAAUGCCAUCGUAUGAUACUAUACGAUAUACUGUACUUUGUCAAUUUACAUGGAAAUUCAUACAACUUUAAUACUAUAGGCUUAUACAGAGAUUAUUGCUAUCACACCAAUAAAAACUUCAGUCAUUGAGCUUGUUGUAUGCAGCCAGUGCACCUGUGUAACAGAGGUUGCUUGUUGAAUACUUAUGUCACCUUGCUUGAGACCUGGAGCUUGUAAAGUGAACUUCAGACUGUGACGCUAGUGCUGGUGAGAUUGGUGUCCAGUGCACUUAACACACCAGCCAUCUCUCGUUAGUAUGGCACAGUAUCUGCUGUAUCGAUAUCCCUUGAUCUUGGUGUCCAUAGCCACCUCUCAGGAUGUCAGCUAUUCCAGAUCUUCCAACAGGAAUGGAUCUCCCCUCAGAAUUAGUUCAAGUGGUUCAACUUCUGCAGGCAAGGACACGGUGAAGUUUGUGAUGUAGUUCUUGUAGUCUUCAAUACAUUUGUCUAUACUGGGUUUCACUCGAUGUUCCCCAUCAGUGGAGAGGCGGUAUGACUGAUCAUGGGUUAGUAUACGCUUAGAAGUUGUGUCAAUUAGGAUUUCUCUAACUCCAGUCCUCUUCUCACUCAUCUCUACCACAUCAUCUAACACAGUACUUGAAGAUCAGCUAUAGCCUGGUUCACAGAGGAGGCAGUAGAGUACAACACAGUGCCAUCAGCAUAAAAGUGAAGUUUACAGUUUUUCACUAAGGAACCAAUAUUGUUUAUACAAUGUGAAUAGUACAGGUACUAAAAUUGACCCUUGAGGAACUCCUUUAGUGACCUCGAGGAACUGCGAAUUGACACAGUCAGCAACUAUACAUUGAGAUCUGUCCAUAAUGUAAUUAGUUUUACCAACCCCAUGCGCCGUUAUCAAGUCCAACAUGUGCAAUAACAAUGAGUCAUCCACAGUGUCAAAAGCCUUAGACAGGUCAAUAAACAAUGCUGCUUUUUAUCAACAAAGGAUGCAGCUGAGAUGAUACUAUGACCUUGUCUAAAUCCUGAUUGAUAUGAAUUCAUGAUACAUUUCCUGGUUACGGAGCAAAGUAGAUUUUUAUCAACUAUUUAAAUACAGUGGGGGGAAAAAAGUAUUUAGUCAGCCACCAAUUGUGCAAGUUCUCCCACUUAAAAAGAUGAGAGAGGCCUGUAAUUGUCAUCAUAGGUACACGUCAACUAUGACAGACAAAUUAGAAAAAAUAUCCAGAAAAUCACAUUGUAGGAUUUUUAAUGAAUUUAUUUGCAAAUUAUGGUGGAAAAUAAGUAUUUGGUCACCUACAAACAAGCAAGAUUUCUGGCUCUCACAGACCUGUAACUUCUUCUUUAAGAGGCUCCUCUGACCUCCACUCGUUACCUGUAUUAAUAGCACCUGUUUGAACUUGUUAUCAGUAUAAAAGACACCUGUCCACAACCUCAAACAGUCACACUCCAAACUCCACUAUGGCCAAGACCAAAGAGCUGUCAAAGGACACCAGAAACAAAAUUGUAGACCUGCACCAGGCUGGGAAGACUGAAUCUGCAAUAGGUAAGCAGCUUGGUUUGAAGAAAUCAACUGUUGGAGCAAUUAUUAGGAAAUGGAAGACAUACAAGACCACUGAUAAUAUCCCUAGAUCUGGGGCUCCACGCAAGAUCUCACCCCGGGGGGUCAACAUGAUCACAAGAACGGUGAGCAAAAAUCCCAGAACCACACGGGGGGACAUAGUGAAUGACCUGCAGAGAGCUGGGACCAAAGUAACAAAGCCUACCAUCAGUAACACACUACGCCGCCAGGGACUCAAAUCCUGCAGUGCCAGACUUGUCCCCCUGCUUAAGCCAGUACAUGUCCAGGCCCGUCUGAAGUUUGCUAGAGUGCAUUUGGAUGAUCCAGAAGAGGAUUGGGAGAAUGUCAUAUGGUCAGAUGAAACCAAAAUAGAACUUUUUGGUAAAAACUCAACUCGUCGUGUUUGGAGGACAAAGAAUGCUGAGUUGCAUCCAAAGAACACCAUACCUACUGUGAAGCAUGGGUGUGGAAACAUCAUGCUUUGGGGCUGUUUUUCUGCAAAGGGACCAGGACGACUGAUCCGUGUAAAGGAAAGAAUGAAUGGGGCCAUGUAUCGUGAGAUUUUGAGUGAAAACCUCCUUCCAUCAGCAAGGGCAUUGAAGAUGAAACGUGGCUGGGUCUUUCAGCAUGACAAUGAUCCCAAACACACCGCCCGGGCAACGAAGGAGUGGCUUCGUAAGAAGCAUUUCAAGGUCCUGGAGUGGCCUAGCCAGUCUCCAGAUCUCAACGCCAUAGAAAAUCAUUGGAGGGAGUUGAAAGUCCGUGUUGCCCAGUGACAGCCCCAAAACAUCACUGCUCUAGAAGGAGAUCUGCAUGGAGGAAUGGGCCAAAAUACCAGCAACAGUGUGUGAAAACCUUGUGAAGACUUACAGAAAACGUUUGACCUGUGUCAUUGCCAACAAAGGGUAUAUAACAAAGUAUUGAGAAACUUUUGUUAUUGACCAAAUACUUAUUUUCCACCAUAAUUUGCAAAUAAAUUCAUUAAAAAUCCUACAAUGUGAUUUUCUGAAAAAAGAAAAUCUCAUUUUGUCUGUCAUAGUUGACGUGUACCUAUGAUGAAAAUUACAGGCCUCUCUCAUCUUUUUAAGUGGGAGAACUUGCACAAUUGGUGGCUGACUAAAUACUUUUUUUCCCCACUGUAUUUAGGCCAGACACGAAAGCAUUGAUAUAAUGCGGUAGUUAUUUGUCGCUAGGGUUUCCGCCCUUGUGAAGAGGAAGUACAUGCGCAGCUUUCCAUGUUUAACACUAGAACCGCUGGGCCUCGAGGUACGCCCCUUCAAGCAAACGAACAGUCAUUUUGACUGCAACAUUCUAGCAGUGUAAUUAAUAAAUGUCAUAUAUAGUAUGCUACCGCAAAAAAUAUAUUUUGGUUGUGUUUAUGAAGGUCUAAGGUAACAUUAGAUUAUGGUAUUGUAGGCUAUAUAAUUAUUUAUUUUUUAAAUCAAGUAUUCAAUCAAUUGUAUUAGUGGAGGGCCUUUGUUACAACUAUAAAACAGAAAGCAUAUGUGCUGGAGUAGUGUAACAGCUUAUUUUUAUAGUGACAAAAUAAAAAGAAAUACCCCAAAAUACCCCAACCACCAAGAUGCAUGGUCAAAUGAUGAAAACAUCAGUAGCCUAAACAUAAUUAUAAGUGGCAAGUGUGCUUGAUAAAUAGUGAAAGUCAGUACAAAAGCAAUAAUGGCAUUAUAAUGAAUAUGUGUCGAUAUGACAGCAGUCAAAAAUAGUAUACAGUGGGGGAAAAAAGUAUUUAGUCAGCCACCAAUUGUGCAAGUUCUCCCACUUAAAAAUAUGAUAGAGGCCUGUAAUUUUCAUCAUAGGUACACGUCAACUAUGACAGACAAAUUUAGAAAAAAAAAUCCAGAAAAUCACAUUGUAGGAUUUUUUAUGAAUUUAUUUGCAAAUUAUGGUGGAAAAUAAGUAUUUGGUCACCUACAAACAAGCAAGAUUUCUGGCUCUCACAGACCUGUAACUUCUUCUUUAAGAGGCUCCUCUGUCCGCCACUCGUUACCUUUAUUAAUGGCACCUGUUUGAACUUGUUAUCAGUAUAAAAGACACCUGUCCACAACCUCAAACUGUCACACUCCAAACUCCACUAUGGCCAAGGCCAAAAAGCUGUCAAAGGACACCAGAAAAAAAAUGUGUAGACCUGCACCAGGCUGGGAAGACUGAAUCUGCAAUAGGUAAGCAGCUUGGUUUGAAGAAAUCAACUGUGGGAGCAAUUAUUAGGAAAUGGAAGACAUACAAGACCACUGAUAAUCUCCCUCGAUCUGGGGCUCCACGCAAGAUCUCACCCUGUGGGGUCAAAAUGAUCACAAGAACGGUGAGCAAAAAUCCCAGAACCACACAGGGGGACCUAGUGAAUGACCUGCAGAGAGCUGGGACCAAAGUAACAAAGCCUACCAUCAGUAACACACUACGCCGCCAGGGACUCAAAUCCUGCUUAAGCCAGUACAUGUCCAGGCCCGUCUGAAGUUUGCUAGAGUGCAUUUGGAUGAUCCAGAAGAGGAUUGGGAGAAUGUCAUAUGGUCAGAUGAAACCAAAAUAGAACUUUUUGGUAAAAACUCAACUCGUCGUGUUUGGAGGACAAAGAAUGCUGAGUUGCAUCCAAAGAACACCAUACCUACUGUGAAGCAUGGGGGUGGAAACAUCAUGCUUUGGUGCUGUUUUUCUGCAAAGGGACCAGGACAACUGAUCCGUGUAAAGGAAAGAAUGAAUGGGGCCAUGUAUCAUGAGAUUUUGAGUGAAAACCUCCUUCCAUCAGCAAGGGCAUUGAAGAUGAAACGUGGCUGGGUCUUUCAGCAUGACAAUGAUCCCAAACACACCGCCCGGGCAACGAAGGAGUGGCUUCGUAAGAAGCAUUUCAAGGUCCUGGAGUGGCCUAGCCAGUCUCCAGAUCUCAACCCCAUAGAAAAUCUUUGGAGGGAGUUGAAUGUCUGUGUUGCCCAGCGACAGCCCCAAAACAUCACUGCUCUAGAGGAGAUCUGCAUGGAGGAAUGGGCCAAAAUACCAGCAACAGUGUGUGAAAACCUUGUGAAGACUUACAGAAAACGUUUGACCUGUGUCAUUGCCAACAAAGGGUAUAUAACAAAGUAUUGAGAAACUUUUGUUAUUGACCAAAUACUUAUUUUGCACCAUAAUUUGCAAAUAAAUUCAUUAAAAAUCCUACAAUGUGAUUUUCUGAAGAAAAAAAAUCUCAUUUUGUCUGUCAUAGUUGACGUGUACCUAUGAUGAAAAUUACAGGCCUCUCUCAUCUUUUUAAGUGGGAGAACUUGCACAAUUGGUGGCUGACUAAAUACUUUUUUUCCCCACUGUAUAUGUCGGAUACCAUGGCAAAUUUGUCUGUUUCUUUGUCAUCAAAAUGGAGGUAACGCAUGAUCUCUCUCAAGCGGUCCCGUGACAUGGUUUCUCCAAAGAAAAGUAUCCGAUACAUGUCUGACCAGAAUCUCUCCAAAUAUACGCUCUUUCCACCGAAUGCUCCACGGACAUAAAGGAUUGAAAUGAACGCUUCCAUCUCAUCAACAAACAGAUCCCAGGCAGUGUCUCCUGCAGUGCAUUGCUGAUGUUGUUUUUUGCUUUAGAUGAAGGGCCUGCUCUCUCAGUGAUGACAUUUUUGUGCUGAUAAUCAGCCCAUAGCAUUGUCACCGGCUUGUUCUAUCCAAACGGUGCAGUCCCUUCCUCUAUCCUGUCUCACUGUUUUAUUUGGUGGUGGCGCGGGCACCUGCUCAGUGCGCAACGUUGUGGCUUUUUUGCGCUUAGGCCUUAGAGGUGUAGGUUCAGGCUGAGGCUCAGAAUCAGAAGAAUAAUCAUCAGAGAUGUCAUGAUUCAUUUCUUCCCCACCAGCUGAGUCGUUUUCAUUCAGAUCUUGUAGCAGCGCAAACGCAGAAUGUGCCUUCAUUCUUCUUGGUCUUCUUGCCAUUGUAAAUUACUCACGCUCUCACCGUGUACUCCAAGUAGGCCAGAGUAGACUGAUAAGACUGCUUGGAUUCGGUGGACUGAUAUAGGGUACAUACCAUUUUCAUAUUAUUAUUAGAAUAGAUCAAUACAAUAGAAUGGCCUGCCCUGUUCAUUCACAAUUGGUGAAUACAUAAUUAUGCAUCAUUCACUUCCCCUCGCUCAUCAACUCACCCAUUGUCCCCCAUCAUACUUUACUUCAUUUAUUUCAUCUGUUGUUAUAUGUGAAAUUGGUUUUGGUUUAGGUUCAGUUUCGCGGCAAUUAUCUGGGGGAUUAUCAACUGUGCACUCUAUAUUCCACUGUCGGGAGAAGGAGCGGAACAGGCCAUACUGUCGGAAGAAGGAGCGGAACAGGCCGUACUGUCGGGAGAAGGAGCGGAACAGGCCGUACUGUCGGGAGAAGGAGCGGAACAGGCCGUACUGUCAGAAGAAGGAGCGGAACAGGCCGUACUGUCGGGAGAAGGAGUGGAACAGGCCGUACUGUCGGGAGAAGGAGGGGAACAGGCCGUACUGUCGGGAGAAGGAGCGGAACAGGCCGUACUGUCGGGAGAAGGAGGGGAACAGGCCGUACUGUCGGGAGAAGGAGCGGAACAGGCCGUACUGUCGGAAGAAGGAGCGGAACAGGCCGUACUGUCGGAAGAAGGAGCGGAACAGGCCGUACUGUCGGGAGAAGGAGCGGAACAGGCCGUACUGUCAGAAGAAGGAGCGGAACAGGCCGUACUGUCGGGAGAAGGAGUGGAACAGGCCGUACUGUCGGGAGAAGGAGGGGAACAGGCCGUACUGUCGGGAGAAGGAGCGGAACAGGCCGUACUGUCGGGAGAAGGAGGGGAACAGGCCGUACUGUCGGGAGAAGGAGCGGAACAGGCCGUACUGUCGGGAGAAGGAGGGGAACAGGCCGUACUGUCGGGAGAAGGAGGGGAACAGGCCGUACUGUCGGGAGAAGGAGCGGAACAGGCCGUACUGUCGGGAGAAGGAGGGGAACAGGCCGUACUGUCGGGAGAAGGAGGGCCAACGGGGGAAAACCAUUUGAAAAUGACAUGCCCUCCUAAAACUGGUUAUAGCUCCAGUUCUGUUUGUGAUAUUAAGAUUCUAACACCGACAGUGUGUUAUAUAGACUUAUUUAGGAAAAGUCAAGGACGGAGGGGGGCAUGACUUAAAAAAUGGCAGAGUAAUACUUGUUUAAAUUGAUGAGCAGUUUAAAAUGACUGCUUCAGUGGUUCUAAUGUUAAUCCCAGUAUGUACUUCCUCUUCGCUUAGGGCCCCCAAAAGGCUCUGACUGCAUGUGUGUGUAUGGAUGUGGAUACGCAGACCCACGAGCCACUGCGGCCCCUCAUGAUGAGUUCAACUUUUUGAUGGCCCCACUCCCAUCAAAGAUGCCCAUCCCUGCCCUAAAACCUUUGUGGGGAACAUGCUUGUCAUCAACAGAGUUAAAAAUAUCCGAGAAAUAAUCGAGAACCGACCUAGGGUCAGUAAUGGCAGGUACACCCGCCAAGUCACAAAGAUCGUGCAAAAAAAGCUUGAUCAUUGACAUUUCUGAAAUUCCUUUUGUUAAUGUUGCGCAGACGGGAUUUAGGUAGUCUUACAUCUGUAAUACAGGCAAUAGGGAAAUGGUCAUUGAUAUCUUGUCCACAAACACAACUGGCUGUGUGUUUAUGGGGUCUAUUUGUAAGUGUGAUGUCAAUCAGGGUAGAUUUUAUUGGAGCUAAAUUCAGAUCAAUGCAUAAUACCUUGAGCUUGUCUGAAACUUGAGUCAUCCAAUCAAGGUUAAAGACAACCCAUUAUUAGCACAUACGAUGCUGCGUAAGUUGAUAACAUGUCAGCUAAAUUAUUAGGUGCGCUGGGGUGAGCAGAGGGGGGCCGGUAUAUCCUUACCACUGUACAUUUGAUACCAUUUUCUAGGCAUACGUUUAGGGCUAGGCAUUCAAACUGACCAAGGUGGAAAGUCAUACAGACACAGAAAGUAACAUUUUAUAAAAAUAGCCCCACCUCUAUCUUUUCGAUCUGUAAAUGUUGUAUUCAUCCAAAGUUACAUCAUUGUUAGUCAAUCACUCCAGCCACCAGCAAUGUAGCAAUGUGUAUAACCUUUUUCUGACCGUAUGUCAUGUGCAAAGUAUUCAGAGUGCAGAUGCAUGUCUAACUCUAACUGUUAUGAUGUUUCCUGUAUUCCCAAUCAGGUGACGGACGGCUCAGUGAUAGCCCUGGUGCCCAAGCAGAACUCUGCCUACAACAUCUCCACCUCCUCCACCUUCACCAAGUCCCUCAACAGAUACGGUGUGUGGGUGUGGAUGGGUGUGUGGGUGUGUGUGGGUGGGCAGGUGGGUGGGUAGAUGGGUGUGUGCGGGCGCGUGCGUGCGCAGGUGUGUGCGGGCGCGUGCGUGCUAUUUUAUUCUCUUAAGUGCUUUCUGUGAGUAGGUUUCAGAAAUACACAGCUAAACAUUAGAAAUAUCUCAAUAGAAACAAUUAAUGUGUGGCAAGUGUUGACAUUAAGGUUAGACAGUGAAGAGGAGUGAUGUGUGUUAUGUAAGUUGGUCAUAGGACUGAGAGUAACUGGAGACUACCCUAAAGCACACUGUCCAGUCCCUGUCUGUGUCCUCUCCCCAGGGUCUCUCUGCCUGUCUCCCCCUGCCUUGAUGCCCCCCCCCCCCCCCCCCCCCCCCCCCCCCCGUCUCUUUCUCUUCAUAUAUAACCCUCUGGUUAUGUGAUUUGACAUCAUAUUGCAUUAAUCUGAAUCCUGACCAUGUCCUCUCUCUCCCGUUUUCCCAUCCAGAGAGUAUGUUGAGGACGGCCAGUAGUCCAGACAGCCUGCGUUCCAGGACACCCAUGAUCACGCCUGACCUGGAGAGUGGUACCAAGCUGUGGCACCUGGUCAAGAACCACGACCACUCGGACCAGCGUGAGGGCGACCGUGGCAGCAAGAUGGUCUCUGAGAUAUACCUGACCAGGCUAUUGGCUACUAAGGUACCACGCACACUCUCUCUCUCUCUCUCUCUCUCUCUCUCGCCCUCUCUCACUCUCUCACUCUCGCUCUCUCACACACACCUCUCCCCUCUCUACCAGUAAACAACACCCACCAUCCCAGCUCAAACCUGUUUCCUCCGACAGCCAGCUCUCUCAUUGACCUUUGUUUCCACGGCAACUGACUCAGAGGCUCAUUAACAUUGUUCAUAACCUUUUGCAUGAGUAGGUGCAGCUUCCAAACGCUACAUUGUCUUAAUUAGCAGCCUGACCUUUGGCUGUUGAGCUGUUUGGUGAUCGUUGGAAUCGGGAAGGGGGAUAGAGGAGCUUUCUCUUAGCUCCUAUACCCUAAAACCUUCCGUUGGUACUCUCAAAACAAUGUUUGUUAAUUGAUUAUUGGGAAGCCCUAGGGGAUGCAUGUUUUUGUUCUAGCCCAGCACUAACACACACCUGAUUUGACUAAUCAAGGGCUUGGUGGUGGGUUGAUUGGUUGCAUCCGGUGUGUUUGUGCUGGGCUGGAACAAAAGUUAGGGAUAUAAAUUCCAUGAAUAGAGCGGACACUCUACAUGUCAGAGGCAUACCUAUUGUAGACAAUAUUGCUAUCUGAACGUUGCACAACGGCCCAGUACUGUGGCACUAGAAGCACUAGAGACAUCAACUGGCAGGCCAUGUUACUUUCAGUUCCUCCAUGCCUCGUUGAUAGCACAUCAUUUACCGGGCGCAGGACGUGCCACACCACUAUGCACUCAUUUGCACUUGCUAAGUACAUUAAGCCGUUUCUGCUCACCCUCGUGAUUUCUCUCUCCUGUUGUUUUCUCAUUAGCUCAUGAUUUCCCUACAGGUAAAAAAGUGCAAGGUUAGGUCUACGGGGGUUGGAGAGUUUGGAGAAUGAACAGUGAGAGUGGGAAAGACGACAGGAGACUUGGCCAGGGGUACUUUCUGUAUAUAGUGGUGUCUGUAAGUUGACUAUGCAAACAAUUUGGGAUUUUCAACACAUUGUUUAUUAUAAAAAGAAGUGAUGCAGUCAGUCUCUCCUCAACUCUUAGCCAAGAGAAACUGGCAUGCAUAGUAUUUAUAUCAGCCCUCUGAUUACAUUUACAUUACAUUUACAUUUGAGUCAUUUAGCAGACGCUCUUAUCCAGAGCGACUUACAGUUAGUGAAUACAUAUAUAUAUAUAUUUAUUUUUUUAUACUGGCCCCCCGUGGGAAUCGAACCCACAACCCUGGCGUUGCAAACGCCAUGCUCUCUCAACUGAGCUACAUCCCUGCCGGCCAUUCCCUCCCCUACCCUGGACGACGCUGGGCCAAUUGUGCGCCGCCCAUGAGUCUCCCGGUCGCGGCCGGCUGCGACAGAGCCUGGAUUCGAACCAGGAUCUCUAGUGGCACAGUUAGCACUGCGAUGCAGUGCCUUAGACCACUGCGCCACUCAGGAGACUACAAUGAAGAGCAAGACGGAGCAAGACGUGCCGCUCUGUUUUGGGCCAGCUGCAGCUUAACUUGGUCUUUCCUUGCAGCACUGGACCACACGACUGGUCAAUAAUCAAGAUUAGACGAAACUAGAGCCUGCAAACCGUGGAUAGAUGGCAGCAUUCGCGCAAAACUGAAAGCGUGAAUACAAACAGUGUAGCUACUGACUCCGCAAGGCAAUUAAACAGGAUAAAACAUCAGUAUAGAGACAAAGUGGAGUCGCAAUUCAACGGCUCAGACACGAGACGUAUGUGGCAGGGUCUACAGACAAUCACAGACUACAAAAGAAAAACCAGCCACGUCGCCGACACCAACGUCUUGCUUGCUGACAAGCUAAACACCUUCUUCGCCCGCUUUGAGGAUAACACAGUGCCACCGACGCGGCCCACUACCAAGGACUAUGGGCUCUCCUCCUCAGUGGCCGACGUGAGUAAGACAUUUAAGCAUGUUACCCCCGCAAGGCUGCCGGCCCAGACGGAAUACCUAGCCGUGUCCUCAGAACAUGCACAGACCAGCUGGCUGGUGUGUUUACGGACAUAUUCAAUCUCUCCCUAUCCCAGUCUGCUGUCCUCACAUGCUUCAAGAUGGCCACCAUUGUUCCUGUACCCAAAAAAGCAAAGGUAACUGAACUAAAUGACUAUCGCCCCGUAGCGCUCACCUCUGUCAUCAUGAAGUGCUUUGAGAGACUAGUCAAGGAUCAUAUCACAUCUACCUUACCUGUCACCCUAGACCCACUUCAAUUUGCUUACCGCCCCAAUAGAUCCACAGACGAUGCAAUCGCCAUCACACUGCACACUGCCCUGUCCCGUCUGGACAAGAGGAAUACCUAUCUAAGAAUGCUGUUCAUUGACUAUAGCUCAGCAUUCAACAACAUAGUACCCUCCUAGCUUAUCAUUAAGCUUGAGGCCCUGAGUCUAAACCCCACCCUGUGCAACUGGGUCCUGGACUUCUUGAUGGGCCGCCCCCAGGUGGUGAAGGUAGGAAACAACACCUCCACUUCACUGAUCCUCAACACAGGGGCCCCACAAGGGUGCAUGCUCAGACCCCUCGUGUACUCCCUGUUCACCAAUGACUGAGUGGCCAAGCACGCCUCCAACUCAAUCAUCAAGUUUGCAGACGACACAACAGUAUUAGGCUUGAUUACCAACAAUGACGAGAAAGCCUACAGGGAGGAGUUGAGGGCUCUGGGAGUGUGGUGCCAGGAAAAUAACCUCUCACUCAACGUCAACAAAACAAAGGAGAUGAUCAUGGACUUCAGGAAACAGCAGAGGUUGCACCCCCCUAUCCAAAUCAACGGGACCACAGUGGAGAAGGUAGAAAGCUUCAAGUUCCUUGGCGUACAUAUCACUGACAAACUGAGAUGGUCCACCCACACAGACAGUGUGGUGAAGAAGGCUCAACAGAGCCUCUUCAACCUCAGGAGGCUGAAGAAAUUUGGCUUGGCACCUAAAACCCUCACAAACUUUUACAAAUGCACAAUUGAGAGCAUCCUGUCGGGCUGUAUCACCGCCUGGUAUGGCAACUGCACAGCCCGCAACCGCAGGGCUCUCCAGAGGGUGGUGCGGUCUGCCGAACGCAUUACUGGGGGCAGACUAACCGCCCUCCAGGACACCUACAUCACCCGAUGUCACAGGAAGGCCAAAAAGGUAAUCAAGGACAUCAACCACCCGAGCCACUGCCUGUUCAUCCCGUGAUCAUCCAGAAGGCGAGGUCAGUACAGGUGCAUCAAAGCUGGGACAGAGAAACUGAAAAACAGCUUCUAUCUCAAGGCCAUCAGACUGUUAAAUAGCAAUCGCUAGCACAUUAGAGGCUGCUGCUGCCUAUAUAAAUCACUGGCCACUUUAAGAAAUGGAACACUAGUCAAUUUAAUAAUGUUUACAUAUCUUGCAUUACUCAUCUCAUAUGUACACUGCUCAAAAAAAUAAAGGGAACACUAAAAUAUCAGAUCCUAGAUCUGAAUGAAUGAAAUAAUCUUAUUAAAUACUUUUUUCUUUACAUAGUUGAAUGUGCUGACAACAAAAUCACACAAAAAUUAUCAAUGGAAAUCAAAUUUAUCAACCCAUGGAGGUCUGGAUUUGGAGUCACCCUCAAAAUUAAAGUGGAAAACCACACUACAGGCUGAUCCAACUUUGAUGUAAUGUCCUUAAAACAAGUCGAAAUUAGGCUCAGUACUGUGUGUGGCCUCCACGUGCCUGUAUGACCUCCCUACAACGCCUGGGCAUGCUCCUGAUGAAGUGGCGGAUGGUCUCCUGAGGGAUCUCCUCCCAGACCUGGACUAAAGCAUCCGCCAACUCCUGGACAGUCUGUGGUUCAACGUGGCGUUGGUGGAUGGAGCGAGACAUGAUGUCCCAGAUUGGAUUCAGGUCUGGGGAACGGGCGGGCCAGUCCAUAGCAUCAAUGCCUUCCUCUUGCAGGAACUGCUGACACACUCCAGCCACAUGAGGUCUAGCAUUGUCUUGCAUUAGGAGGAACCCAGGGCCAACCGCACCAGCAUAUGGUCUCACAAGGGGUCUGAGGAUCUCAUCUCGGUACCUAAUGGCAGUCAGGCUACCUCUGGUGAGCACAUGGAGGGCUGUGCGGCCCCCCAAAGAAAUGCCACCCCACACCAUGACUGACCCACCGCCAAACAUGCUGGAGGAUGUUGCAGGCAGCAGAACGUUCUCCACGGUGUCUCCAGACUCUGUCACAUGUGCUCAGUGUGAACCUGCUUUCAUCUGUGAAGAGCACAGGGCGCCAGUGGCGAAUUUGCCAAUCUUGGUGUUCUCUGGCAAAUGCCAAACGUCCUGCACGGUGUUGGGCUGUAAGCACAACCCCCACCUGUGGAUGUCGGGCCCUCAUACCACCCUCAUGGAGUCUGUUUCUGACCGUUUGAGCAGACACAUGCACAUUUGUGGCCUGCUGGAGGUCAUUUUGCAGGGCUCUGGCAGUGCUCCUCCUGCUCCUCCUUGCACAAAGGCGGAGGUAGCAGUCCUGCUGCUGGGUUGUUGCCCUCCUACGGCCUCCUCCACGUCUCCUGAUGUACUGGCCUGUCUCCUGGUAGCGCCUCCAUGCUCUGGACACUACACUGACAGACACAGCAAACCUUCUUGCCACAGCUCGCAUUGAUGUGCCAUCCUGGAUGAGCUGCACUACCUGAGCCACUUGUGUGGGUUGUAGACUCCGUCUCAUGCUACCACUAUAGUGAAAGCACCGCCAGCAUUCAAAAGUGACCAAAACAUCAGCCAGGAAGCAUAGGAACUGAGAAGUGGUCUGUGGUCACCACCUGCAAAACCAGUCCUUUAUUGGGGGUGUCUUGCUAAUUGCCUAUAAUUUCCACCUGUUGUCUAUUCCAUUUGCACAACAGCAUGUGAAAUGUAUUGUCAAUCAGUGUUGCUUCCUAAGUGGACAGUUUGAUUUCACAGAAGUGUGAUUGACUUGGAGUUACAUUGUGUUGUUUAAGUGUUCCCUUUAUUUUUUUGAGCAGUGUAUAUACUGUGUUCUAUAAUAUUCUACUGUAUCUUAGUCCAUGCCGCUCUGUCAUUGCUCGUCCAUAAAUGUAUAUAUUCUUAUUUCCAUUCCUUACUUAGAUUUGUGUGUAUUGGGUAUAUAUUUUGUGAAUUUGUUAGAUAUUACUCUUUAGAUAUUACUGCACUGUCGGAGCUAGAAGCACAAGCAUUUCGCUACACCCGCCAUAACAUCUGCUGAACACGUGUAUGUGACAAAUACAAUUUGAUUUGAUUUGCAGAACUUGCUUUUUGGUGUGUGGUGUCAAAAAAGCAGAGCAUCUCUUUAUUACGGACAGUCCUCUCCCCAUCUUGGGAGUGUGAAAAGGGGGAGGGGGCCAUACGACAGACUACUUGAUAAUGUGUAAAAGUUGAUAAUCUGAUAUGGAACAAAGGAUAUGUUUAGUCUAAAUGUGUCCACAGUGAGAGGAACUUUUCAAUUUCAACUUAUAGAAACAGUGAUUUGUACAGUACAAAGCUAUAUGAUAUCAGUGAUACACAUCUCCUAACCUCUCUCUGCUCUUUCUCCUUUCCACAGGGUACAUUGCAGAAGUUUGUAGACGACCUGUUUGAGACUAUCUUCAGUACGGCCCAUCGAGGCAGCGCCCUGCCACUCGCCAUCAAGUACAUGUUUGACUUCCUGGAUGAGCAGGCCGACAAGCACUCCAUCUCCGACUUGGACGUACGGCACACCUGGAAGAGCAACUGGUGAGUGGGUCAGAGUGGAUCAGUUUGUGUGUGUUGGGUCUGCGUGAGACCGAAGGGGAAGGAACUAGCAUGCGUGCGGCAGGUGGUGUAAGAGUGUGUUUGUGGAUGAUAGUGUUUUCCUUGCAGUGUUUAGGGGUUGAGUGCAGAGGCGUCAUGCCCAUAGGGGGCACGGGCCCCAUCAGAUUUAUAUUGAUAUAUUUUUGUUUCUUUCUUUCUCUGUAAUACUACUAGCCACCUAGCAAUUUUAUGUAGUUUGCUUUAGCUAGCCCAGAUAGGUUCCCAACCUCGUAACUAUCUACCAAGAAGCCAUUUCAGGCUAUCAAUCAAGUUACAGUAGCUUGUCUAACUAUCUUAGCUGGCAUGCCUGCUGGCAAGGUUGGUAGACUUUAGAAAAGCAAGCAAUAACUAAAUGUACUGAUAAGACUCACAUUCCUUUCAAUCUUUUACCCAGAUUUUAGCAGAGAUACAGAGAAGCAUAUUUAGUUUUACAUAGAAUUAAGCAUAAUGAUUAUGGCUCUAGAUUGCAGGAAAAAUCUUUAUUCAGGUGUUUGAAAAAUUCAAUAUUCUCCAACUCCACCCCCCAUCCUCACGUAGAUGUUUGAGGUGCAUGUCACACUCUGGCUCUGGGACUGUGUAGUUAGAGUCAGGGUGUAUUUCAUUUGGUGGUGUUGGGUAUGGGUGCGUUUCAUUUGUUUGUGUUUUUGGGGUAAUUGGUCUUGUGACUCCCAAUCGGAGGUAACGAGUGUCAGCUGUCGGCUCGUUAUCUCUGAUUGGGAGCCAUAUUUAAAGUGUGUGUUUUCACCUUGUGUUUGUGGGUUUUUGUUCCUUUGUUCCUGUGUUCCGUGUUUGUGUCACUGAGGACUUCACGAUCGUGUUUUGUUUCGUUUUGUUUUCGUGUGUGCGCUUUCUUCAAUAAAGUCAUGUUCGUUCAACACGCUGCGCUUUGGUCCGCUCAUUCUCAAGACGAUCGUGACAGAAAAACCCACCACAAAAAGACCAAGCAGCGUGUCAAGCGGCAACAGGACCUACCUACACAGGAUUUAUGGACUCCCAUAAAGGAUUCAUGGACAUGGGAGGAGAUUCUGGAUGGUGAGGGGCCUUGGGAUCAACCGGGAGAAUAUCGCCGUCCUCGUGAAGAGCGGGAGGCAGCUAAAGCCGAGAGGCGGCGAUAUGAGGAGGCAGCACGGAGGCAAGGCUGGAAGCCCGAGAGUACUACCCAAAAAUUUCUUGGGGGGGGGGCUAGAAGGGAGUGUGGCGAAGUCAGGUAGGAGACCUGCGCCUACUCCCUGGACUGACCGUGGAGAGCGAGAGUACGGGCAGACACCGUGUUACGCAGUAGAGCGCAUGGUGUCUCCUGUACGCAGGCAUAGCCCGGUUCGGUACAUUCCGGCUCCACGUAUCGGCCGGGCUAGACUGAGCAUUGAGCCAGAUGUCAUGAGGCCGGCCCCACGCAUCCGGUCACCAGUGCGUCUCCUCGGGCCGGCUUACAUGGCACCAGCCUUACGCAUGGUGUCCCCGGUUCGCCUACAUAGCCCGGUGCGGGUUAUUCCACCUCCCUGUACUGGUCAGGCGACGGGGAGCAUACAACCAGGUAAGGUUGGUCAGGCUCAGUGCUCAAGGGAGCCAGUACGCCUGCACGGUCCGGUAUUUCCGGCACCACCUCCUGUCUCCAGUCCAGUACCACCAGUGCCUACACCACGCACUAAGCCUCCUGUGUGUUCCCCGAGUCCUGUGCGUCCUGUUCCUGCUUCCCGCACUAGCCCUGAGAUGCGUGUCCUCAGCCCGGUACCUCCAGUUCCGGCACCACGCAUCAGGCCUACGGUGCGUCCCCAGGGUCCAGUAUGCCCUGUUCCUGCUUCCCGCACUAGCCCUGAGAUGCGUGUCCUCAGCCCGGUACCUCCAGUUCCGGCACCACGCAUCAGGCCUACGGUGCGUCCCCAGGGUCCAGCAUGCCCUGUUGCUUCUCUCCGCACUAGCCCUGAGAUGCGUGUCCUCAGCCCGGUACCUCCAGUUCCGGCACCACGCAUCAGGCCUACGGUGCGUCCCCAGGGUCCAGCAUGCCCUGUUGCUUCUCUCCGCACUAGCCCUGAGAUGCGUGUCCUCAGCCCGGUACCUCCAGUUCCGGCACCACGCAUCAGGCCUACGGUGCGUCCCCAGGGUCCAGCAUGCCCUGUUGCUUCUCCCCGCACUAGCCCUGAGAUGCGUGUCCUCAGCCCGGUACCUCCUGUUCCGGCACCACGCACCAGGCCUACGAUGCGCCUCAGCCAGCCAUGAGCAGCCAGAUCCGUCAGCCAGCCAUGAGCAGCCAGAUCCGUCAGCCAGCCAUGAGCAGCCAGAUCCGUCAGCUAGCCAUGAGCAGCCAGAUCCGUCAGCCAGCCAUGAGCAGCCAGAUCCGUCAGCCAGCCAUGAGCAGCCAGAUCCGUCAGCCAGCCAUGAGCAGCCAGAUCCGUCAGCCAGCCAUGAGCAGCCAGAUCCGUCAGCCAGCCAUGAGCAGCCAGAUCCGUCAGCUAGCCAUGAGCAGCCAGAUCCGUCAGCCAGCCAUGAGCAGCCAGAUCCGUCAGCCAGCCAUGAGCAGCCAGAUCCGUCAGCCAGCCAUGAGCAGCCAGAUCCGUCAGCCAGCCAUGAGCCCAGCCGUCCAGAGCCGUCAGCCGGGAUCCGCCAGAGCCGUCCAGCCGGGAUCCGCCAGAGCCGUCCAGCCGGGAUCCGCCGGAGCCGUCCAGCCGGGAUCCGCCGGAGCCGUCCAGCCGGGAUCCGCCGGAGCCGUCCAGCCGGGAUCCGCCGGAGCCGUCCAGCCGGGAUCCGCCGGAGCCGUCCAGCCGGGAUCCGCCGGAGCCGUCCAGCCGGGAUCCGCCGGAGCCGUCCAGCCGGAUCCGCCGGAGCCGUCCAGCCGGGAUCCGCCGGAGCCGUCCAGCCGGGAUCCGCCGGAGCCGUCCAGCCGGGAUCCGCCGGAGCCGUCCAGCCGGGAUCCGCCGGAGCCGUCCGGUGCUGCCCCUUAGUCCGGUGCUGCCCCUUAGUCCGGUGCUGCCCCUUAGUCCGGUGCUGCCCCUUAUCCUGGUGCUGUCCCUUAGUCCGGUGCUGCCCCUUAGUCCGGUGCUGCCUCUUAGUCCGGUGCUGCCCCUUAAUCCAGGUGGGUUAGGGUGUUGGGUGGUCAGUUGGAGGAGGUUACCUAAGUGGGUAGUGACUAUGGUGGGGUGGGGACCACGACCAGUGCCAGAGCCGCCUCCGUGGAGCAACACCCACCCAGCCCUCCCCAUUUUUUGGGUGUAGGCGCGGUCGGAGUCCGCGCCUUUGGGGGGGGGUACUGUCACACUCUGGCUCUGGGACUGUGUAGUUAGAGUCAGGGUGUAUUUCAUUUGGUGGUGUUGGGUAUGGGUGCGUUUCAUUUGUUUGUGUUUUUGGGGUAAUUGGUCUUGUGACUCCCAAUCGGAGGUAACGAGUGUCAGCUGUCGGCUCGUUAUCUCUGAUUGGGAGCCAUAUUUAAAGUGUGUGUUUUCACCUUGUGUUUGUGGGUUUUUGUUCCUUUGUUCCUGUGUUCCGUGUUUGUGUCACUGAGGACUUCACGAUCGUGUUUUGUUUCGUUUUGUUUUCGUGUGUGCGCUUUCUUCAAUAAAGUCAUGUUCGUUCAACACGCUGCGCUUUGGUCCGCUCAUUCUCAAGACGAUCGUGACAGUGCAUGCCGCCUCUGGUUGAGUGUUAGGGAGAAUGUAAUGUGGAGUAUGAGGUUGAGUGUUAGGAAGAAUGUAAUGUGGAGGUUAAGAUGUUUUCUCUCUUCUUCCCCCCUUCAGUCUUCCUCUGCGGUUCUGGGUGAACGUGAUCAAGAACCCCCAGUUUGUGUUCGACAUCCACAAGAACAGCAUCACGGACGCCUGUCUGUCUGUGGUGGCCCAGACCUUCAUGGACUCCUGCUCCACCUCAGAACACAAGCUGGGCAAAGACUCGCCCUCCAACAAGCUGCUCUACGCUAAAGACAUUCCCAACUACAAGAACUGGGUGGAACGGUAUGGAAAUAGGCUAUGUUCAGCGGGCGGCCAUUAUGGAUUAGGUUGAAAAUGAAAACUAGGGUAGGAAAGUAACACUGUUGCCAUUUGGCAGCGUGGAACUCGCUUGGUAACUUGGCUUGCCUUAAUUCAACUCACUUGCUUUCAUUGGUCAAUUGAUAUGUGUAAGUUAAAGAUUGACAGAGUGAUUGCUUAAAGAUUCCCCCCACCCUCGCACCGUCAUUCCUUCCCUCCCUCUCUCUCUCUCUCUCUCUCUCUCUCUCUCUCUCUCUCUCUCUCUCCAUCCCCCGUUCUCUCUCAGGUACUACUCAGAUAUCUCGCGGAUGCCCGUCAUCAGUGACCAGGACAUGAGUGCGUACCUGGCGGAGCAGUCGCGGCUCCACCUCAGCCAGUUCAACAGCAUGAGCGCCCUGCACGAAAUCUACUCCUACAUUGUCAAGUACAAGGACGAGGUGAGGACAAUGGCAGCCAUUUUUGUUCUGUUUGUUUAUUUAGAAGGGAUUGCACCCUACUUUGGAUUUGAAGAACUGCUCAGUUGUCACUCUCAACUACUGCUUUUGUAAAAGCUAAUGUUUCUCACUGCGUAUUUUCUCCCUUCCUAUCUCUCUCCCUUCCUCUCUCUCUCUCUCGCCCUCUCCCUCUCUCACUCUCUCUCUCGCCCUCUCCCUCUCUCACUCUUUCUCUCUCAAAUUUUGUCUCUCUCUCGCUUUCUUGCCCUCGCUCUCCUUGCUCUCUCACCCCACCCAUCUGUCUGUUCCCCCCCUCCCUCUCUCUCUCUCUCUCCCUCUUUCUCUCUCGCAUUUUGUCUCUCUCUCGCUUUCUUGCCCUCUCUCUCCUUGCUCUCACCCCACCCAUAUGUAUAUUUCCCUCUCUCUCUCUCUCUCUCUCUCUAUCUCUCUCUCUGUCUCUCUCUCUGUCUCUCUGUCUCUCUCUCUCUGUCUCUCGGUCUGUCUGUCUCUCUCUCUCUGUCUGUCUGUCUCUGUCUAUCCUCAGAUUCUUACGGCUUUGGAGAGGGACGAGCAGUCACGGAGGCAGAGACUGAGGAGCAAGCUGGAGCAGGUCAUCAACACAAUGGCCCUGGCCAGCUGAGGGACUGACCCUUACUCUCCUCCUCUUCUCCAUCUUCCUCUCUUUCUCUCCUCACCCAGAGGAAAUUAAACUCAGACAGCGUGGUUUUCAAUCCCCCCUCUCUAAAACAUGUGAUGGAGUUACUGCAAAGGACAGAACAGGGGGGAUUCAGCAGUACUGGGCGGGCCUGUGUGUGUGUGUGUAAAUGCGGGUCUAUAUGUGUGUGUCAGACCAGGGCACUGUAUGUUUCGUCGCACACACACCGAGAGACAGCAUCACCGAAAAGCAUUUUGAUUAUCGUCGCUGUUGUCAUGGUUUUAGUUAUUUUCUGUCGGUUUUCCUGAGUUUUGGUGUCAUCAAAGCCAUGUCUCGUAUAGCCAGGAUGGGACAUUUUGAAAUGGAAUUCCAUUUUGGCGUCACAAACUGGACAUAA